AAGAUGACUUUCACAAUCAAGUAUAACCAAGCCUUGGACAGUUAGAGUUCAAUCCUCGAGGGUGAGGAGAAGUUGAGUAUGAAAUGAAUACAAAUCUUUAUAGAAUAAAGUGGAGAGAAUAUUUAAAAGACUAAAAGUGAUAAUCUAACAAUAUUCAAUAUAACUUACUUGCAGAAAAUUAUUGGGAUUUACUAUCAAUCGGCAAGACAAUUGAUCUAUUGCUCAAAAAAGUAUCCCUCGUCAUAUCAACACAAAUGAGAGCACAAAUGGCACCAUCCGUGGAGAAGAGAACCUUAAAAAUAUAUAGCUUGAAGCAUGUAAGAAACAUAACUCCAAAUAUGAACAAUGAGAUUCAAGAAAUUAACUAGAGUGAAGAAAACUCACUUGUUUAUUGACUUUUUGGUGAGAUGGGAGAAAAAGCUUGGUAUGAUAGAUACCAACAAUGUCAGCACAAUGAGGAAGUUGUUAUUCUCAGACGAUCCUGGAUAUUCCAAGAUUUUUAAGCUUGGAAACCAAGUCUCCAUUACAGUUUGGAAUGCAGAAAUUGAAAAAAAAUCCCUUUGAGAUCCAUGCACGCCCGUUUAUGCCCUAAGAAUCACCAAUGCUAUUGUAGCUUUCUAGAAAAGGGGUCCCCUGGAACAUUGCACACCCCAUAGUUUGCCCUUUUUUCAUUUGGAACUGAUAACGAUAGAUCUUCAAUCGGUUUUUGUAACUUCCCAUGAUUGAUAUGCAUCUGAUUAUGUACAAUAUGUUGUUUUUUGGCUUAAGUUUUCCAUCCCACAUCAGUGGGUUUUGAGUAGCUGUUGGGAUAAAGAGUUGGACUUUUCUUUACUUGCUUUUUCCCAUCCUACACCGUAUUCUUUAUGUUAGGGGAGGGGAUUUUGAGGUUAUACAUAAACCCCUCAUUCCCUUAAGAUGUUGUAUCCUAACCAUUUGUAUCUUCUCCCACAUCAAUAAAAUGGGCUCUUUGAGCGGUGCUCGGAGAUUAGGCUAAAUUGGCCGAACCCCGUUAACAAAGUUUCAGGUGUGCUCUCUUUAUCUCUUUUAUUAUUCGGCUCUAUUAUUGUUGUUAUGUUGUUUUUUUUCCGUUGUAGUAUAAUAUUUAAUAUUAUUUGUUGGGUAUCUCUGUUAGUGUUCUGUCUAGUUCAUUUGUUCUAAACUGGUUCAUUUUACUAUUUGUGUUGUUUUAGUGGGAAAAUUACCCGAUUUUCCCAACAAGUGGUAUCGGAGCCAAAGGUUCGCCCUUGGGUUAUCUGAAAUUUGUUAUAAUAUUGAAUACUAUAUUUUGAGUCUGUAAUGGCAAAUAAAGAUCAAGAAGCAAAGAGUGUCGUCUCAAAUAUUCCAUCUGGGUGUCGGGCUCCUUGUCAUCAUGGUUGAGGUUCCCGGUGUCCAGUUUGAAAUUGGCAGUGGAAGUAUUUGAUGGCACUGGCCAUUUUGGCAUGUGGAAGGGAGAGGUAUUGGACUCUCAUUUUCAGCAGGGUCUUGAUAUUGCUAUUAAGGAAAAGAAACUAGAAGAGGUAGAAGAUAAAGACUGGAGCAUCAUCAAUCGGUUGGCAUGCGAAACUAUUCGAUCUCACCUGUCCAAGGAACAGAAGUAUGCUUUCAAAAAUGAGACUUCAGCACACAAAGUGUGAAAGGCAUUGGAGGACAAGUUUCUGAAAAAGAAUGGUCAGAACAAGCUCCUGAUGAAGAAAAGGUUGUUCCGAUUCGACUACCAACCAGGUACUACUAUAAAUGAACACAUCACUAUGUUUAAUCAAUUAGUAGCAGACCUGUUGAAUUUAGAUGUGAAGUUUGAGGAAGAAGAUCUGGAUUUGAUGUUGCUAUCAUCUUUUCCCGAUGAAUUUGAACAUUUAGAAACUACCCUACUUCAUGGGAAAGAGAAUGUGUCGUUAGAUGUUGUUUGUUCUGCUUUAUAUAGUCAUGAAUUGAGAAAGCACGAUAAGAUGAAAACCAAAUCAACGACAUCAAAAGAAGCAUUGGUGGCAAGAGGUCGUAAGCAAAGCCAGACAAAGGGGAGAAGAUGAAGGUCUAAGUCCAAAGGUCGAUUCGUUGCCAAAGAUGAGUGUGCUUUCUAUCAUGAGAAAGGACACUAGAAGAAAGUCUGUCCAAAAUUGAAGAAGAAAGGAAAGACUCCACAAGAUGCAAAUGUUGCAGAAUGUAAAAGUGAUUCAGAAUCAGAUAUUUCUUUGAUUGUCUCGCCUUCAACGUCAUCGCAUCCAGAUGAGUGGAUAUUGGAUUCAGGUUAUACCUAUCAUAUGUGUCCCAUUCGAGAAUGGUUCUUUGACUUUCAGGAAGUCGAUGGUGGUGCUGUUUACAUGUUGAUAAGCGUGUCGUAGCACCUACAAAUUAAUUUAUUAUUCUUCUUAACUUAAAAUCCCACUUUAUGAAUUAAUAUUGAUUAAAACAUAUAGAUAGGGCAAGAAAGGGUCGAUCCCACGAGGAAAGAUACUUUUAUAGCUAUGAAAAUCAAUUCGCUUGUCACUU